GAGAGCGACGGAGAAUGGGGCAGGGUUGAGGGCUCUACUGGGCGGGCGGUCCAGUAGAGAGAGAGUGAGAGUGGGGCAACGCUCUGCUGAGUAAUCCAGUAGAAGAGGAAUCCUAAUCCUCUGAAGAGAAAGCGAGAGAGAGAGAGAAAGGGACUCUUCUCUCUCGAUUCGACAAAGACUAAGCAGAAACCCCCAAGUUUUAUGCCCAAAACCCUAACCCUAGAUUUCCUGUCGCCUGAGAUCCCAUAUGUAAGUUCUUCUUUCGUUUUAGGGUCUUUAUUAUAUUUUUUCCCCUUCUGUAGAAGAAGGAUAUUCGUCGGGGACGUUCCUCUUUAUAGAUGGAGGAGCGAGGGAGAGAAGAGUCAGGUUCAUCGGACGAGAGCCCGCCGAGCGUUCACGAUCCGGAGCCAUUACCGACUGAGGAGAAGCAGGAUGAAGGGGGCAGCGGAAGAGAGGGCGAGCACGAAGAAAUCUUGGACGUUUCGGGGAAGAAAGGCGAAUGCCAGCUGCUAGACACACUGUCUCCGAGGGGGCACACCGUGUCUGAGUUGUAUAUUUACAAGAACACUUUCAAUUUGAUCCCUAGUGGUGUGGAGACGCUCACGGGGUUGAAGACAUUGAAGUUCUUUGCCAAUGAGGUGAAUGUCUUUCCGCCAGAGAUGUGUGGGAUGACGGAGUUAGAGAGGCUGCAGGUGAAGGUAAGCUCGCCGGAGUUUGGCGGCUUCGAGCUGCAGAAGCUGAAGGAACUGAAGGAGUUAGAGCUUUGUCGGGCACCUCCUCGGCCGUCUGCUGUCUCUAUCUUGUGUGGUCUGGCAAAUUUGAGUUGUCUCACACGGCUCUCUGUCUGCCACUUCUCUAUAAGAUACCUUCCUCCAGAAAUUGGUUCUCUUAGAAAGCUUGAAUGCCUUGAUCUCUCAUUCAAUAAGUUGAAAAGUUUACCUGAUGAUAUAGCUGAACUGACCUCUCUUAAGUCUCUGAGAGUCGCUUGCAAUAAGUUGGUGGGUUUACCUGUUCGCCUAUCUUCUUUAGACAAGCUAGAGACCUUGGACCUGUCAAACAAUAGACUGUCAUCAUUGCAGCCUCUCAAACUUUCUUCAAUGCAAUCUCUUCGAGUUUUGGAUCUACAGUACAAUAAAAUUUAUGAUUGUCAACGAAUACCCUCAUGGAUACACUGCAAUAUGGAAGGAAAUGGAAGUGAACCUGUAUGGAGUGGAGUUGACAGUUCUGUUAGCGAGGUGGAUGUGCCUGAUGUUGUUGAUGGUGUUAAAAAAUACCACUCUGACAUCGGGCGUCACAGAAAAUCUUCCAGCACAGCAUCUGAAGCUCCAUCAAACAGUAGAUUCAUUUCUAGGAGAAUAAGGAAGGACAUCAAACAUAGUGAUUGUCCUCAAGAAAAGGCUCGUCAGGAACGCUUGAACAAUAGUAGAAAAUUGAAGCCUGGGAAUCGUGAUGAGCUAAUAAACUCAGAAAUAUCUACAGACUUUAGUGGAGGAACUGUCACAAGGAGUGAUGCAUGCCAGCUACAUCUGGAUGGUGAGAAAAGUAAAAAACAGUCCGAGGCUGGACAACGUUCUACUGCACAGCACGUGUCAAGCAUAACAAAAAAUCUUCCAUGUACUAUGCUUGACAGCGAUUUGGAAAGGAGUUCCCAAGUUGUUACCCGCAAUCAGGCUGAUGACAGUCAACUUCUGUCAGACAAUGGUUUUGAUGAAUGUGCUGAUGUUCCUUGUACUGUAAUUGAUGAUUGUAAAGAGGAUGGAUACGAAUCAGGUAGCAAUCACCAGAAUCACUGUGUGUUCCCAAGGGGCCAUCUCAAUGAGAUUAACAGUGAAGAUAGUAGGCCAUGUGAGAAGCAGAAAUGUAUUUCUAAGUCAAAAAGACACUCCGACAAGGCUCCAGAGAACCCCAAACCCAGUAAAUGCCGAAGACCAGUCGACGAUUCCUUUAGCAUAUCAUGCAAAUACAGCAAUGAGUCAUUCUGUGGUGUCAAUGACCGUCUACCAGAUGGCUUCUAUGAUGCUGGACGAGGUCGCCCUUUCAUGCCGUUGGAGAAUUAUGAUCAAGGAUUUUGCAUUGAUUCACGUGAGAUUAUCUUGGUUGACAGAGAUAGGGAUGAGGAGUUGGAUGCAAUUGCAUUGUCAGCACAAUCACUGCUAUCACGUUUGAGGCACACAAGGAGAUCAUCUGGAAACAAGAGAAUGCAUGAGGUUGAUGACUUUGUAAGGGCAUCUGUGCUUGCCCUUUUUGUUUCAGAUUUUUUUGGUGGUAGUGACCAAACUACGAACAUUGUUAGGAUGCGGAAAGCUGUUGCUGUUUCAAAUCGGCAGCAACCUUUUAUCUGUACAUGCUCCAAUGCAAUUAAUCAGGAGGACAAAGGCUCCUAUGUUUCAAGCAUGAAAGAUUCUUUAAGCAUAAGUGAUCUGUGUGAGCAGUCUGUACAGCAAAUAAAAGAACGCGGUGGUUCUAACAUUGUUCCUAUAGGGUCUUUGCAGUUUGGUAUUUGUCGUCACAGGGCAAUUCUUAUGAAGUACCUCUGUGAUAGGGCAGAUCCUCCCAUCCCUUGUGAGCUGGUUAGAGGUUAUCUCGACUUCAUGCCACAUGCUUGGAAUGUAGUCCUUAUUCAAGAUGAUGGUUCUUGGAGGCGCAUGGUUGUUGAUACAUGCUAUCCGGCGGACAUUAGGGAAGAGAUAGAUCCAGAAUAUUUUUGCAGGUAUAUACCAUUGAACCGUUUUCAUGUUCCUGUCACCAGUCUGGACUACUUGACCAUGUGCCGAAGCUCUUUUCCUUCCGUAUCACUAUCUGAUGCAGUGUCAGAGAAGGAAUCAGGGCCAAUUGUUAAAAGAUGCAUGUUUGGAACCAUUAUAGCUGCUGCCAAGAUUCACACUUUGGAAGCGCAUGAUAGCUCUGAGGAGGAAAGGAGAAAUUUUGAGUAUGGCUGCCUAGGAGAAGUAAGGAUGCUGCAGGCUGUGAAGGGUCAUCCUUGCAUCGUUGGAAUCUAUGGCCACCAAAUUUCUGCUGAAUGGGAUUUGGAAGCUGAUGGGAAAAGGGAAUGUUGUCUGUUGAAGUCGAUGAUUGUUAUGGAGUAUGUCAAAGGAGGUUCCUUGAAGGCCUAUAUGGAUAAGCUAGUGACAGAGGACAAGAAACAUUUACCUGCUAGGUUGGCAUUGUUUAUUGCACGAGACGUGGCUUGUGCAUUGGCUGAGCUUCAUUCUAAGCACAUUAUUCAUCGGGACAUCAAAAGUUUAAACGUGUUGAUUGAUUUAGAUGAGAAAAGGGUUGAUGGGAGCCCACUUGUCAAGGUCUGUGAUUUUGACAGAGCUGUACCCCUGCACUCCUUUUCACAUACAUGCUGUCUUGCUCACCUUGGCAUUCCUUCACCUACUACUUGUGUUGGUACUCCUUGUUGGAUGGCCCCUGAGAUGGUGCAGACAGUUCACAAAAAGGAGCCAUAUGGAUUGGAGGUGGAUAUUUGGUCCUAUGGGUGUCUUCUCUAUGAGAUGCUUAUGCUUCAAGUCCCUUAUGCUGGAUUGUCAGACGCUGAAAUCCAGGCAUCUCUUCAGAACAAGCAGCGUCCGCCUCUCAGAUCCGAGUUGGAGGAACUAUCUGCUCCAUCUAAGUCAAAAGAGUCGAGCUCCGGUUCAUCACCUCAAGCUGUUGAAGAUUCAGAAAUUAUGAAAUUGUUAGUGGAUCUGUUCCGGUGGUGCACUCAAGGAGAUCCUGCCGCCCGCCCCACUGCAAAAGAGGCUUAUGACAUGCUUUCUGCGGCUUCAUCCCCGCCUAAUAUCCCAGAAUCGAGUUAGAGAUCUGAUUGACGUGCUUCAUUCCCCUAGUGGCGCAUUUAUUGUUAUCGUCUGAUUAGUUAAUGAUUAUCUCACAGGCACUAAAUCUGAUCGAAGCAGUGAGUGUCAGGAACCUGAUAUCAGUAGAGCAAUUUUCCCAAGUCGGAGAUAAAAAAUGUAUCUAGUGUAAUUUAUAGAUUCUGUUGUAGUUCAAACUCAAAAAUGUUUAUUUCGGAACAAUGCCACAGGAAGUUCUACCCUUUUCUC